AUGACCGAGUCGGUUCCUAGACAGGCCUGGAUGCCUCUCAUUCCUGGAAAGAGAAAAGAGGGCGGCUUGGAAUUUACUUCCUACUUUGCCUCCUCACGUGACCUGCCCUUUGAAUUCCCCAGGUGUGGAUUCAAGUGGGAGAUAUUUUUUUCACUAGCAGUGGGAGGGGGAUCAGGUGAGUUUAGAGGGUAAGGGAGCUUUUAGGGAGUGGGGGCACCAGGGGAGGGGGGGAAAUAUCAAGGUAGGGGGUUUAAAGACCACCCUUUGCCCCCACCCUCCACUCUUGCCCAGAUAUAUGGAGAUCCCCCCUUCCUUACUUAGACUGAGUCAGAUGACUGGUCCACACUGAGUGCCCCCCGGGAAACCCAGGUAGCUGGGCUGGUCCCCCGGGAUGGCAAGAUAGUGGGCAGGGUGGGUAUCUGCAGCCAAGGCAGUGCUUUCAUUUGCACCCACUAAAAUGUCACAAAAUGAUUUCCUUGGCAGCAGUGCGGCUGUGUCAGUAAAACUGACCAGUGAGUCUCAUGCCUGUGUGUUUGCCCUUUAGGUGCCUCCAGAUCGUGCCAUUUAAAGUGCAUUUCCCCACACCCACCCCAAGAAUCCUGGGAGCUGUAGUUUGUUCAGAGUGCUGGGAAUUGUAGCUGUGUGGGGGGCUACAGUUUCCAUGCUAUUUUGGGGAGGGGUCUGAAAUUACGUGUGUUAAAUUUAUGGUGCAGUUGGCUUCCCUCAAGGAAUCCAGGGAAUUAUCGUUCGUUUAGGGUGCUGGGAAUUGCAGCACGACAAGGGGCAAACUACAGUUCCCAGUGGUCCUGUGAUGGGGUGUGUGUGUGUGGCUUUGAAUGUGUGGUUGGCAACCAGCCUGCUGCUGAUUUGCAGGAGGGAUUUAAGUGCACAUCAGAACUUUAGGUUUGCACAUUUGAAAGUGGAUGAAAGGGCUCUGUUUCUCUCAAGCAACAAAUCUACUUUAUAAAAGAGAGGAUUUUUUGUGGUUAGGAGAAUGACAAGGAAAUGUCUUGAAAAACAUCGUAUAAAUGAAUGAGUGCUCUCUAGCAAAGUAAGGAUGAAUGCAGGACAAAGACUGAUUGUCAAAUAACUGUCCCAUGAACAAAUUAGAACAAAUGCUCAUUAAAGUCCAGAUACAGGACCCAUCUGCACUAUAUAUUUAAAACCAUGGCUUCCCACCAAAGCAUCAUGGGAGUUGUAGUUAAGGGUGCUGAGAGUUGUUUGAAGACACAAUUUCCCCCUCACAGAACUACAAUUCUUAGAGUACGGUAAUCUAACAGUCAAUUUCUCAUCACAGGGGACUCUGUUAGCAGCAGCUCUCUGAGGAGAAUAGCCUUCAGUGGUUUGUAUGUUGCACUAAACCAUGGUUUAUUUGAAUGUCUGAACACACAGGCCACCAGCGGUAUAACCAUAAUUUGUUAACCACAAACCAUAUUCAUAAGCCAUGGUUUAUUACUAGCUUACAAACUUUGGAUUGUGUUAAUCAAAUGUGACUGACAGCUUGCACUUCCCUUGCAAUCCAUUAUUUGAAUUUUUAGAAACAAAAUCAACAGCACAGUCCUGUGCAUGUCUUCUCAGAAGCUGGACUGGGCAAAUCUGUCCUUUCCCCUCACUGUGAAUCGUUCCUCGCAUGUUUGUAUGCAAAUCUGCCCGCUAUAAACAUUUCUCCUUAAUGCAAUGUUUUUUAACAUGUUCUUUUCUCUAAUAGAUGUAUUUAAGCAAAUGUUUUGUAUGCAUGGCUGGAGAACAGCAGUGCAAAAUUCAGAAAACGUUUCCAAAGAGAGGUGUGGUUUGGUUCUCAUGUCAUUUCAGAAAGGGCAGAUUAGGUCCCGUUUGCUUUUAAAUGCAACCUGGAUCAAAUUCCUCUACGUGCUCCCACCCUACUCCUCCUUUGGGAACUCUUAACACAUUUAUCUAUCUAUCUAUCUAUCUAUCUAUCAUCUAUCUAUCUAUCUAUCUAUCUAUCUCGGUAAGGGACUUCUCAUGACUUAAUUCCAGUUUUUCUUGUUUUGCUCAGCCCCGAGCACUGACCUCACGACCACAUGACCUGAAAAGACAACAUGGCCACCGAGGCUGGGGAAAUAGCAGCCCUGGGUCUCCACCUCUGAGCUGUGCUAGAAAAGGGAAAGAAGAGGGAAGAAUCGGACGCUGCAGCUCUUGGAGCAAAGUGCCCUCCUGCCGCCUGGGCGGAGAGCCUGGGGGAUUUGGAGAGAACAAAUAAUUCAGAGGAGGCAAAAGGGGAAGCAAAGGAAGGACCG